UCACACCGCGUGCUCUCACUCAGGUGCAGCGUUUAUGUGCAAGAGAAAGUGUGUGAUAAAAAACUACCUCAAAUACACUAACGUGUGUUAGGUCAAAUCUUGUCCAAUAAACCAUCAAAAUUAAUAUGAUGACUCCGACUCCUUGACAAGAGUUCUGCAGCGGUCAAUAACUAUUAACCAGCAUUCAGUGGGGCAAUCCCCAACAUUGGUCCUUCGAGCCGGAACUAUUGACUACUGCAGUGAUGUCAUUAAAAGAGCAAGCCACUUCUCUCCCUCCAACUGAGACGUCAGACAGACCCUCACGGCAUCGUCGCACACCCAGGCAUCUGGAAGAGUAUCAUCUUGACUAUGGCCAUCACCGACCUGCUCUCUCCUCCCCACCCACAGAAGAGAUACAAGCGGAGCAGAGAGGAGCAGCAGCCCCAGUGGGCCUAACUAGUCAGUCAUGAACAGUCUCCAGCCAGGGUGAGCAUCCAGACACAAGCUCCACGGAUUUGUUAAGCAUGAGUUCACUGAGGAAAAUGUUGACGACUAUUUCUGACAAAGAGAAGGAUGAGGCUCCUGAUAUGGCUGCACUUCACAGUAAACUUCAACAAUAUGAAAAACGACAGCGUCGGCAUAAAGAAAUGAUGGAACACAUCACGUCGUUCUUGACGGAAGAAGAGGAUGAGGAGGAUGGUCAAAGUGGAAAGCCCACCACACCACCAGUAAGAUCCCCUUCGGUAACUUCUUCACAUUUGUCUCCCUCAAGUCAUACUACUCCAUCACAGUCACCUGACAUUGAGCUACCUACCCACGGAUGUGUGAGUGACACGCAAAAGAAUGCAAGUAAAUCUCCUGCAUAGGCUGAGGGCUUUAACUCUGGAUUUGUUCCAAUAUGUCCAGUCAGUUCAAUCCCCUUGUAUUCACCAGUUUCAUCUGGAACAUUACCUUCUGUUUCGCAUCAACAACAACCUGCUACAAGAGCAGAGACUGUGCCACCACUGUUUAUGAAGCAGUCCCUCCUUUACGAUGAUGCUAGAAAGGCCUUUCAACCCCAAGUGCAGCCACCUUUAAUGGCACCUAAGCCAGCCUACCAGCACCUUAAUGCAGUAUAUGGCCAUUUGGCAGGGUCACCUUCACAACAACAGUUUACUGCUCUGCCCACAGCAAGUUUUGCGACUCCUCAUUAUACUCUUAUGACUAUCAGUCUCUCAAACCCAUCCUAGAGUUCCAGUUACGACUCUGAAUCCUCCUGCCUUUGAUACCCCCUCUCUGCAGCCAUUUAAGAAAGCACUGAAUCCAACCGAAUACUUUGUGCCUCACCCCCCUUUGCAUGCUGCCCCCCAACCAAAGAUUCCUGAUUUUGUGAAUGACAAUGAAAGGGAAUUUGCUAACCUGAAGUUAGCACUGGACAACCUUCUUGAACCGCAUGCAGAGCUAGGUGAGAAAUACAAGUACCAUAUUUUGCUGGAGCACCUCAAAUUGCCUGAGGCACAGAUGAUUGGCCAGUCUUGUCGCCAUCAUCUUUACCCAUAUUCAGCAGCUAUGCAAGCCCUUCAGUUGCAAUAUGGUCAACCACACCAACUGGCUCAGAGCGAGAUAGCAGCAAUCCUCACAGCCCCAGAGGUCAAACCAAAUGAUGCUCACAGCUUCCAGAGUUUCGCUCUUCGUGUACACCUCUUAGUGAGUAUGCUUUUGUCGUUGGAGGGUACCAGAGGGAUGGAGUUGAACUGUUGUUCACAUGUAGAUCGCUUACUCAGUAAACUGCCCAAGUACUUAAGAGAUGGCUUCAUAGAGUUUCUCCAGCUGAGAGGGAAGCUCAACUCCCCAAGUAUUAACCCGUACUACCUACAAGACUUUGCUGGAUGGCUCCAAGUCAAGGCUCAGCAACAGCGACUUUCCAGUAGGUUAGUGCAAUGUUACCAGUAUGAAAGAGCUCCCAGCAGUUCAAAAGAGAAGAAUGCAGCCAAACUGAAAAGCCAAAGUACAACCUUGUAUCAUGGUGUAUCACCCACAGAGACCAAAACAUUCUCCAGUCCUAAGGUGUCUUGGAAAAGAACAUCAUCCAAAGUUAUCUGCCUAUUCUGUGGCAGCAAGGAUCACUACAUCACUCGAUGCAGUAGUAUCAGAGAGCUGCCUGUUGCUGAACUUUGCAAGUGGAUUUCGGAGGAAAAGCGCUGCUGGAAAUGUGCUCGUUCCCAUGCCCCUGAGACCUGUAAUCUAAAGAAACCCUGCAGUGACUGUGGUGGUAUUCACCUUCAAGUGCUUCAUGGUGUGGCCCAAAGUCAUACAACCCUUCGUACCGUCCGACCAGACACUACUCACCUCAGUGGCACAAAGGUCACCUUUGAAAUCUCGCCAAGAAAUAACCCAGAGAAACGCUAUCAGGUGUUAGGAGCAUUUACAGCUUCUGGUCUUGAUCUGGUAGAACAGACAUACCCAGUUCAGGCUCUUCGGAGACGGUAUGCACAUCUAAGGGGAGUUCCACUACAGCCAUUUCACAAAGUGCAUCCGCUUGUACUCAUUGGUUCAGACCAAGUUCAUCUCAUUACUGCCAAAGAGCCAAUUUGUCAAGGCAACAAAGGUGGUCCAGUAGCAGUCCAUACAGCUCUCGGGUGGGCUCUUCAAGGAGCAGUAAUGUGUACCACAGACCAGGCACCAGUGCAGCAAUGUUUCUUUAUCUCCAGUGCUCACACAGAUGAUCUUCUCUACAGAAAUGUGGAAGAGUUAUGGCAACUGGACAUACCCACGAUCCUGAAGGCCAACGAGAGCCCCACAGCGGUCGUGCUUCACACUGGGGUUAACGACACCAUGCAGCGGCAGACAGAGACGCUGAAGAGGGACUUCAAGAGCCUGAUCGAGACGGUGCACAGCAUAACGCCCGCGGCGACGAUCAUCGUCCCCUCAGCCCACCAUCUGUGCGGUGGGAUGACAGAGGGUCUGACAGUCUCCACCUGCAUCAUGGCUGGAGGAUCCCUUGUCUCCAUCUCCAGAUUCUGA